UUUUAGUUUUUGAUAGGAUGAAUAAAUUAUAUUAAUUAUCUAAACAUUUUCAAACAAAAUGUAGUUUCAACCGUACUGAUCAUUCGACUUAACGGACUCUUUGUCUUUCAAUCAAGUUGUGUUGGGCAAACUCAUAAUUACGGAAUGUGGCUUUACUCUACUUUUUUACUGUUCCUUUACCUAUAAGGCCCAUCCACUCACUCUCUAUGGUUGCUUCAAUAGUCUCUAGUCUCAUCUUUUCAGCAUCAGUUCCACUCAUCUAGCAACUAAUUAACACUGUCUAUUCCACAACUAGCUGCCAGUAUUAGCCUUUUCUCUUCAAAGAUUGCAUCCUUUUCUUCUCUUGUGAGGUUCUAAUGGAGGCAGAUGCUGCUGAAGUGAAGGCAAAGAUGGAAGACUAUGAAAUUAUUGAGCAGAUUGGAAGAGGACCUUUUGGUUCUGCUUUUCUUGUUCUUCAUAAAACUGAAAAAAAGAAGUAUGUGUUGAAGAAGAUUCGGUUGGCCAAGCAGACAGAGAAGUUUAAGCGCACAGCUCAUCAGGAGAUGAACUUGAUUGCGAAGCUAAAUAACCCUUACAUUGUGGAGUACAAGGAUUCUUGGGUAGACAAGGGAAACUGUGUAUGCAUAGUAACAGGCUACUGUGAAGGAGGAGACAUGGCUGCAAUUAUAAAGAAGGCCAGAGGAAUAUUUUUCCCAGAGGAGAAACUCUGCAAGUGGUUGGCUCAAUUGUUGCUAGCUGUGGACUACUUGCAUUCUAACCGUGUCCUUCACAGAGAUCUAAAGUGUUCCAACAUAUUCCUUACAAAGGAAAAUGACAUUCGCCUUGGUGACUUUGGACUUGCAAAGCUUCUCAACACAGAAGACCUUGCUUCUUCGGUAGUUGGUACCCCUAAUUACAUGUGUCCCGAGCUCCUAGCAGAUAUACCUUAUGGCUACAAAUCAGACAUAUGGUCACUUGGAUGCUGUAUGUUCGAAAUUGCAGCACAUCAACCAGCAUUUAGAGCUCCUGAUAUGGCUGGACUUAUCAACAAAAUAAACAGAUCCUGCAUUUCUCCUCUUCCAAUUGUGUAUUCCUCCUCGCUGAAACAAAUUAUUAAGAGCAUGCUGAGGAAGAACCCAGAACACAGACCAACGGCUGCAGAAUUAUUGAGGCAUCCACAUUUGCAACCACAUCUCCUCCGUUGCCGCAAUGCAUCUUCAGUUUUUCUUCCAAUAUAUCCCAUAAGCAACUCAAAGGAGAAAACCAGAAGAAAAUCAUUGCCUGCCAAACUCAGUGUUGGCAAAGACAACAGAGACAAGAACGUUGGUGCAUCAAAGCAGCCAGAAUAUGAAUAUCCAUUUGAGAGAAAUGCUGAAGCACAACGAAGCAAUUUACCUCAGAAUGACAAGCCAACAUCAAUGUCUAGCACAGAAUACAGCCUGGAAAACAAGACGGUUGAUCCUGCAAGCUGUUCAGUGGAAGUAUCUGAUGGUCCUAAAGACAGCUCCACUGAUUCUGAAACAAGUGUUUGCAAUGGAGAGAAGCAAGCAGAUUAUAGCAGUCCACCUCAAAAGGAUGGCACAGAAAUUGAGUCUACCUCAGAAAGCAUCCCAAAUUCUCAGCAUGAAGCAGAUUGUAGCGGUCCACCUCAAAAGGAUGGCACUGAAAUUGAGUCUACCUCUGAGAGCAUACCUAAUUCUCAGCAUGAAGAAGAAGAACCCAGUGCUGUGCGUUUUCAAGAUUUGCAAGAGGUUGAUGUCAAAAUUGUGACCUCAAAGGAUCAAGCAACAUUUUGCAGCGGACAAUUUCCUGAAGAAGUUCAAACAGAGUGGAAGGGUGAUACAGUAGAUGAAACCAGGAAACUGGAAAUGCCUAGUCUGAGUUGUGCCAAUCAUGAUGCCGCCUCUGAUGAUAAAAGCCCACCAUCAACUGUAAAUGAACCUUAUGCAGAGGCCUUACAGAAACCAGAAAGUCCUGAUGUAUACACAGAAAGUACUCAUAUAGAGUACUUUUCAUCUGAAAGUAAUGAUGUGCUUCCAUGUAAAGAUGAAAUACAAGCAAAACCAGAAAACAACAAUUGCUCCAUGGACACAGAGAAAGAUGAUAUUCAUGCAAUGACUGAUGCACAAUUGCUGAGUAAACUUGCUGCACUGACAGGCGAUGAAGCCAAGAGCGAGUGGGAGAAUCCAAGUCAACAAAGAGCUGAUGCUCUAGAGUCUUUGCUAGAGCUAUGUGCACGGCUACUUAAACAGGAAAAGAUCGAUGAGCUUGCUGGUGUGCUAAAGCCAUUUGGAGAAGAAAUGGUCUCAUCCAGAGAAACAGCAAUCUGGUUGACAAAAAGCCUCAUGUCUCAACAAAAACUUAAUGAAGGGACCUGAUAUUUGAGGUGAUUACAACUAAUUUAUUCAUUGUUGUGAGAAAAAUGUACCUAGUUAAUUGUGUUUGACAUAUAGUGUGUUUUUCCAGAGUGUUGUUUGAUUGGAGAGUACUACUUGAAACAUUUUUACGGAUUGUUUUAGUGCUGGCUUUGAUGGAAAUAAACUCCUGAGAAAAGAAAAUAGCAUCUUUACAAUUUGGAGAACUAUGUUGUCAAGUGGGUCAGAAGGCACCAAAUGAUCAAAUGGCUAAACCUAAAUUAAUGCA